UCACUUCAACAACUCAACUCCCCUCUCCUUCUCUCUCUCUCUCUCUUUCUCUCAAACAGGGUUUUAGUUCAGUAUAGCACUAAGCCACUCCACAAAGACUUCAAUUGUCUCAUUUUAGGCGGGAGAUAGUCUCACUUCAACUGGUUCAUAAUCCCUCACAGGACGACAACAAAAUGAUCACUCCGGCCUUCGUCGACGAGAUUGACUGCGGCAGCUUCUUCGAUAACAUCGACGACCUCAUGGAGGACGUCGACUCCAUCCUCGGCCCUGCCCCCGACUGCAACUCCUCCCCCUUCUCCCUCUGGCCCGCCAACUCCUCCGCCGCCGCGCCUCUCCCUCCUUCGGACGCUGCAGUAUUCUCCGGCAACGGCGAAUCCGACUUCUCCUCCGAGCUUCCCGUUCCGUUUGAAGAGAUGGUGCAUUUGGAAUGGCUGUCGAAUUUCGUUGAGAAUUCCGAGUACUCUGGCGGAAACCUCACCAUGAACAAGCAACAGGAGGCUUCCUUGGUCCACAAGGAGUCCUCCCAUCAACAGUUCCAGACCUCCAGCCCCAUUUCUGUGCUUGACAGCAGCAGCUCCUGCUCAGGCGAGAAGAAUGUGCUUGAAGGAUCGAUUCCUCCUGGCAGGAGGGGACGUGCCAGAAGCAAGCGUCCUCGCCCCCCUACUUUCAAUCCCCGCUCCGCAAUUCAACUGAUUUCGCCUGCCUCCUCUGUUUCGGAGAUUGAUAACCCCCUGCAGCAGCAUUCGUUGUUUUCCCCUAAGGUGUUUUCGGACUCUGAGAACUUUGCUGAGUCUUGUCCAGUGGUGAAGAUGCAGAAACAGGCUUCCGGGGAGCAGAAGAAGAAGAAGAGGGUCAAGUUGCCCCUUCAGGUUCCAGGAGAGGUGGAUGAGAAUUCUCCUGUGCAGGGAGCAGUCAGGAAGUGCUUGCAUUGUGAGAUUACCAAGACACCCCAGUGGAGGGCAGGCCCAAUGGGGCCAAAAACCCUAUGCAAUGCCUGUGGAGUGCGCUACAAGUCAGGCCGGCUCUUCCCUGAGUACCGUCCUGCAGCUAGUCCAACUUUUGUUCCGGCCUUGCACUCCAAUUCCCACAAGAAGGUUAUUGAGAUGAGAACCAAGGGUGGUGAGAUGGUUUCUGUUCGCGACAACAGUAUCCCAGAAUUCAUUCCAAAUACUAACAGCAUCAUUUCGCUGGAUUACAUGUGAGGGAAGGGAAGGCAAGACUUAGAUGAUAAUGUUGCUUAGUUUGGAGACUUCUCUCUCGUCCUCAGUUAUGUUAUUUGUCUUUCGUUGUCAUUUCAUUUCUUUGUUCAUUGGUUUUUUGUACAGGGAUGGGAAUGGGGGAGAAUAGGAGCCAUAGAUGACCAUAUAUUUAGCUAGUAGAGGUGAGAGAGACCUGAAAACAAGAAAGGGUUAGAAGAGAAAGAGAUGCAAGCUUAAUGGUAGAUGAGAAAGAGCCUUUAGGUUUAGUGAAGAUGAUGGCGUAGUAGGUUCUUAAGGUUAUAUUAGGUGUUGUUGAGUCUAGUCUGUCCUGUCGCCUUUUCAAUUUGUUUUCCUUUUUCUUCCUUUGCAAGGGAAUUCUUUUUGCAGUUCAUUUGUAGUUGGUACAUUUCUGAAAUGAGUACCUGGAAUUUGAGACU